AUGCCGAAAAGGGAGCGAUCCGCGGCGCAGGCACGCGCUGAGGCCGUGUAUAGACGCGCCAAUCCGGAUGAUAGGGGCGAUCGGGGCCGUGACCGCAGGGCCGAGAAGGUCGAGUACAGACGCAGACUCAAGAACGCGAGAGCGGAGGCCGCCGCCCUCGCGGUGCCUGACGCUGCUCCUGCCGUCCCGAUUCCGUCUACCGUCCCGAUUCCGUCUACCGUCCCUCGGCCACGGGCCCUCGGCCAGCACGGCAGGGGCCACCUGCUCGUCGCGAGGCAGCCGAGCUUGGCACUUCCGCCGCCCCUCGCCGCUCUUCCACCUACAAUUGCUCCUCGCCUCGUCGCUCCGAUCCCGCCUUUGGCGCCGACCGCGAGCCGGUACGGCGGCCUCGCCCUGCGCGACAUCGCCUUUGGCAGCAGCCAGGGUCGCCUCGGCAAGGGCGGCCAAGGCACCGUUAGGCUUGGCCGCCACUACGGUGGUCGUCUCGCGGUGAAGCAGCCGCUGCGCGCGAGCAGCGCCUUCGCCUCCGAGUGUCAGAUCGCGGCAGCACUACACCAUGAGAACAUCAUCUAUGUGAUGGGCUUUGCAUGCGCCCCGCGCGAGACGCCGUUCCUCGCUCUCGACUAUGCCGACGCAGGGACUCUGGGAGAUUUGUUGAUCGGGGAUCAGAGGGGCGAGAGCCGCUCCCUCGGCGUGCAGAUUGCAAGAGCAAUGUCGUACCUGCACACGCGAUCUCCCCCCAUCGUGCACCUUGACCUCAAGCCAUCGAACGUGCUGCUGUCGGCGCGCUCUGAGGGGCUUGUCGCUAAGCUGUGUGACUUUGGGCAGGCGAGGCGACUAGCCGUUGGGGCGCAGCUCUCGCACUCAGGCACGCCGGGUUGGCGGGCGCCCGAGCAGGUGCGGGUGGCCCGCGACUUUGCAGUCGUGCCGCUUUCGCGUGGCACCGACGCCUGGUCGCUAGGGUGUGUCCUGGCUGCGCUCGAGGCGCCGUCGGGCGUCUGCGACCCGUACCACUUCGCCACGGGCGACGCGCCAGGCAAGUGCGACUCGCGCCUCCGACACGAGCUCGACGCAAUCGUCGCGAACGGCUUCACCCGCCCGUGUGUGCCCGAUGAAAGCCGGCUUGCAGGUGUGGUCAGCGCGUGUACGCACGCCCUGCCUAGCGAGCGAGCGACGUGCGCGUGGGUGCGCGCCGAGCUCGAGCAGCUUCUGCUGCAGCCGUGA